GCCUUCCUCACCAGUUUGUCCAGGCGUGAGGUGUCCUUCUUCUUUAUGCUGCCUCCCCAGCACAUUUAAUAUGAACUUUCACCACUUGCCAUAUAACAGUGCGUGCCUCGGCUCAUGGGCGGCAGCACUCAGUCUUGCGUAUCACGAGUCUCUGGAGCGUUGAAGCGUUAUUUCUCUGUAUUCAUUCAAAACAGCUACACUGCAGUAUCCUGUAAAGCUUUGCUAGGUGCCGCAUAUAAUAUGGUGUUCGCAUUUCACUGAAGAUAUCGUGCAUGUAAAGUGACGCAUACCUGUACCUCAAAAUGAAUCUUGAGUGAUUAACUGGUUAUCAUUACAGCAGGUCUUGAGUAACUUCAUCCACCGACUCACACUUUGGGCUUGAGGAAUAUGACAUUUUGUGGUAUAACUAACUUCAGUUGCUGCUGUCUUCUUCAGAAAAUGAAAAAAGAGAAGAAACACAAAAAGAAAAAGAAAGGAAAAAAAGCAAAGCAGGAAGGCUCUGGGCCUGUUCAGAUCUCAAAGUUUUUGAAUGAGAAAAAGAAAAAUGAGUACAGCAUGAUCACAGGAAAGAAAAUUAAAAUGAAAGUAAAGAAGACUAAAAUGGACAAAGAGAGGGACAAAAACCGUGCCGAGCUAUUGGAUUUCUUAAAUUCUACGCUAAAAUUUCUCAGGGAGCACUUUAAAAUCUUGGCCCAUUGAAAGCGGACUUAAAAUGACGGAGGAGUUUGUGAUUUUCACCAGUGGUUGCAGUGUUUAGUUUCCAAUUAAAAAGGUUCCCAUGCUUCACUUGGAUUUUGAUUCCUGACCAAACUGCAUCCAUCUCUCCAGCAGUGGAUUUUAAAACGUUUUCAUCUUGCAAAUCUUUUGUUUGCUUUUUCCCUCAGAUCUGAUACAGCGGUGUUUUGAAACAAAAAUUCAAUAUUGUGUAAAUGUAAAUGUCAUUCAUUCUCUAUCAUGUACAACGUGAUUUGUAUGCGUCUGUUUUUUGUUCUGCAAAUAUGAAUCUGGUUUGCAUAUUCAUGAGUAGACGAUGUCCUGGUCAUUGCCAGGUUGUUUUUUUUUUUUUUUAUGAGCAGAAUGUUUUACAUUAAAGACAGGUUUUAUAUUCCUGAAGCAUCA